AUGUCGUCCAUCCACGGUCAUAAUCCCAUGCGCAGAAUACUUCUCCGCAAACUUCUGGCCUUGGGGGCAGCCAGGUACUCAAGAGCCUUUGGGCACGGCUCGGGAAACGUCGAGACAGCUUUCUAUAGCUGGUAUGAUGUCCACCCUGCCACCUUCCCACCGCCUGAACCUCCCAACGACGAAGAAGACGACGAAUUGGCAUCGUCACCUUCCCUUGCACCCAGUGACAAUCCCCAUAUAACUCUCGCGCCAAAUCAAGACAAGGGGUAG